AUACAGUCAGCUGGACGUCGGCUCCGUGUCGGUGACUGCUGCUGAAGGUGGUGGCGAUGGAUGGAAACCUGAACGUCGUUCAUCAGAACAGUGUGCAGUUUGACCAGGAGCUGCCAGAGUUCAGGACUCAGGGAGGAGUCCACAUCCAUGCUGACGGGCUGACGGUCACCUCUCCUGUGCUGAUGUGGGUCAAGGCUCUGGACCUGCUGCUGGACAAGCUGAAGAGGGCGGGGCUUGACUUCUCCCGCGUCAGAGCGCUGUCAGGCAGCGGCCAGCAACACGGCAGUGUGUACUGGAGGAGAGGAGCGUCCGAGACUCUGAAACAGCUGGACCCGGACCAGAACCUGCACCAGCUGCUGCAGGGCAGCUUCUCGGUGUCCGACUGUCCCGUGUGGAUGGACUCCAGCAGCACUCAGCAGUGUCUGGACCUGCAGGCAGCAGCGGGGGGGCCCCUGAGACUGGCAGAGAUCACCGGAUCCAGAGCCUACGAGCGUUUCACAGGAAACCAGAUCGCCAAGCUGAGGCUGACCCGAGCGGAGCAGUUCCAGGAGACCGAGAGGAUCUCGUUGGUCAGCAGCUUCGCAGCUUCGCUCUUCCUCGGUGGUUACGCCGCCAUCGACUACAGUGACGGUUCAGGGAUGAAUCUGUUGGACAUCAGGACCAGGAACUGGUCUGAGGUCUGCCUGGAAGCCACCGCUCCUCAUCUGGGCCGGCUGCUGGGAGCGCCGCUUCCCUCCACAUCUGUACUGGGCCCCGUCUCCUCCUACUUUGUGCAGCGAUGCGGUUUCUCUGAGAGCUGCAGGGUGGUGGCUUUCACCGGAGACAACCCAGCGUCUCUGGCAGGAAUGAGGCUCCAGCGGGGAGACACGGCUGUGUCCCUCGGCACCAGCGACACGCUCUUCCUGUGGAUCCGGCGGCCUCGCCCGGCGCCGGAGGGGCACAUCUUCUGCAACCCCGUCGACCGGCGGGCCUACAUGGCUCUGCUGUGCUUCAAGAACGGCUCUCUGACGAGGGAACGCAUCAGGAACGAGUGUGCUGGAGGAUCAUGGGAAGGGUUUUCUGCCGCCUUGAGG